AACGCUCUUGCGUAGCCAUGGUCGAAGAGAUCUUUUCCUGCGACGUCUGCCAGGCAGCGUUCCAGUCUCGCAACGCCCUCUUCCGGCAUCUGAGGGAGCAGCACUCCGACUCCAAGCAGAUCGCGGCGCCCCCCAGCGCAGAGUGGGAGGCGGAGAGGCAGCAGACCCCCGUGGUGCACGCCAAGGUGGCGUCGACCAAGAAGAAGAAGCAGAGGGGGGAGGCCGCCCCGGAAGCGGAGCCCCGGCUGCAGAUCGAGACGCGGCCCGAGUCUUACCUCGAGGAGCUCGGCGAGAAGGUUGCCCGCAUGCGUGCGCUGGUGGCAAGCUUCGGCGCGUCGCCGCUGCCCGAGGCGGAGGUGUUCCAGUCGCCCCCGGAGCACUUCCGGAUGCGUGUGGAGUUCGACAUCCUGCAGACGGCCGAAGGUCCGAGCUACGCGAUGCACGCCGGCAGGGACCUGGUCGCCGUCGACGAUUACCCAUUUGCCUGCGCGACGUUGCGGGCGCUGCGGCGCGAGCCGCUGCUGAGCCGGCAGCUGUUCCAGGUCAACUUCCACGCGACGCUGCGGGGCGACGGCCUGGUGUCGCUGCUGUACCGGACACCGUACAACAGGGUGGCGCGCAAGCAGCGCAUGCUGGAGCAGGGGGAAGCGAGGCAGGCCCACCUCAUCCCAGAAGACAACACCAAGCUGACGGCGGAGUGGGAGCGGGCGGCGGCCGAGCUGAGCGCGGCGCUCGGGGGCGCCAGCGUGGUGGGGCGCACGCGCGGGUGCAGCCGGGUGGCGGGGCGUCCCUGGGUGGAGGAGGAGCUGAAAGUCGAGGGCCUGCAGGCCCCCCUGCGCUACCGACAGCUGGAGGGCUUCUUCUCCCAGUCCAACGCCGUGGUGUGCCAGGCCGUCGCCCUCGACGCCACGGAGGCGGUCGGCGCAGCUGCCAGCGCGCCGCGCGGCGACGACCUGCUGGAGCUGUACUGCGGCAACGGCAACUUCUGCGUGGCGCUGGCGCCGUUGUUCCGCAGGGUCUUCGCCACGGAGAUGGUGAAGGAACUGCUGGACACCUGCAAGCAGAACGCCGCGGACAACGGCGUCGCCAACAUCACCGUAGGCCGCGUGUCUGCAGAGGAGUUGGCGCUGGCCAUGGACGGGCUGCGCUCCUUCGUGCGGCUGCAGCACGUGGACCUCGGCGCCUUCGACUUUCGGACCGUGCUGGUGGACCCGCCCCGCGCGGGGCUCGGCCCGCAGGUCUCCGCGUUCCUCGCGCGGUUCCCGCGAAUAGUCUAUCCGAGG